CCGCAUCAUUCCCUUGCCCCCCUCGUACAAAGAAGACACCAGCCCAACCCCCCAGACACAAGCUAAUCUCCUGGCAGCUCUGACUUCGGAGGCCCGCAGCGAGCUGGAGACGGCCCGGCCCCGGCAUCGGCAGGAUGAGCUCCGGCGGCUGCUCCACCUGCCUCGAGGUCAUCUUCGCCGUCGUCCUCCCGCCGCUCGGCGUUUUCUUCCGCUACGGCUGCUGCAGCUCGGAGUUCUUCAUCUCCCUUGUGCUCACGAUACUGGGCUACGUCCCCGGCAUCGUCUACUCCCUCUACGUCAUCCUCCGGACGCCGCCGGAGCCGCCGGGCAUCGACGGGGAGCGGCCGUACGACAUGCUCGCCUGACGGAGCCCGUUCUGCUAUAUUUUCGUCGCCAUUUGUGAUGAGCUGUAGCCUGUAGGUAGCGGGUAGUCGUUCAGGACAUUCCUGGCUGUAAUUUGUCCGCGUCUCUGUUCGUCCCGUAUGAUUGUUUGGGCUGCUGGUGUAUUCACUAUUCAGUAUGCUGUGUGCGAUUGGUUUUUCGAUUGCUAGUAUUCUUUCGGGGUUUAUGAAUCUGUUGUCAGUAAGAGAUGGUAGUUCAUUUCUCCGUAUAUAUGCAGCAGUUGCUAAUUGGUAACUGAUAAGAUGCUUAUAUGUAAUCAUGUACAAAUCUAGUAAUGCAGUUUUUGGGUCUGAAAUGCAGUUUC